GACUUUCUGGGGGCCAUGGAGUGCACACUGGGACAGAUUGUGUCCCAGAGGAAGCUCACCAAACCGCUGCUCAAACAGGGCAGCACAGUGAGCAAGUCCUUCAUCAUGGUCACUGCCGAGGAGCUGACAGGGAAUGAUGAUUAUGUGGAACUUUCUUUCAGUGCCAGGAAACUUGACGACAAGGACUUUUUUAGUAAAUCAGACCCUUUUCUGGAGAUCUUCAGGAUGAACGAUGACGACACGCUACAGCUUGUGCACAGAACAGAGACUGUUAUGAACAACCUUAACCCGGUGUGGAAAACCUUCAAGACUUCCCUGAAUUCCCUCUGCAGUGGAGACCAUGACCGGCCUCUAAAGUGCACAGUGUGGGACUGGGACUCCAAUGGGAAGCACGACUAUAUUGGUGAAUAUCAGGCCACAUUCAAAGAGAUGAGAGGGGCAAUGGAUGGGAGACAGGUCCAAUGGGAGUGUAUAAACCCCAAGUAUCAGAUCAAGAAGAAGAAUUACAAGAACUCUGGUAUCGUCAUUCUCAAUCAGUGCAAGAUCAUCAAGAUGCACUCCUUCCUGGAUUACAUCAUGGGAGGCUGUCAGAUCCAGUUUACAGUAGCUAUUGAUUUCACCGCCUCGAACGGGGAUCCUCACAACAGCUGCUCCCUACACUACAUCCACCCAUACCAGCCUAACGAGUACCUCAAAGCUCUGGUCGCUGUAGGGGAGAUCUGCCAGGAUUACGACAGUGACAAAAUGUUCCCAGCGUUUGGCUUCGGAGCUCAGAUUCCGCCCGACUUCAAGGUUUCUCACGAUUUUGCAGUGAAUUUUAAUGAGGAAAACCCAGAAUGUGCAGGUAUCCAAGGGGUGGUGGAGGCCUAUCAGACAUGCCUUCCUAAGCUUCAGCUCUACGGCCCCACCAACAUCGCCCCCAUCAUCCAGAAAGUAGCCAGCUCCGCUUCACAGGAAAUGCACACCAAGGAGGCCAUGCAGUACUUCAUUUUGCUCAUCCUAACGGACGGAGUGAUCACAGACAUGGCAGACACCCGCGAGGCCAUCGUCCAAGCCUCCCACUUGCCCAUGUCCAUCAUCAUUGUAGGCGUGGGAAGUGCUGAUUUCAGUGACAUGCAGAUGCUGGAUGGAGAUGACGGGAUCCUUCGCUCGCCCAAGGGGGAGCCCUGCCUACGAGACAUCGUCCAGUUCGUCCCCUUCCGCAACUUCAAACAUGGCUCACCUGCAGAGCUGGCAAAGACUGUCCUAGCAGAAGUGCCCAACCAGGUGGUUGACUACUACAACAACAAGGGCAUCAAGCCCAAAGUGCCCAGCGAGUUCGAGUCUUCCAGGACAUUCGCCCCCUGAAAGGAGGGGCCCAACGCACUCGUUACAACAGACAGCACCUUACGCUGACUAACUGAAAAGUUUACUGUUUUGCUCUUCGUUUGUUUGUUCUUUUCAUUGUGCAUGCGUGGCCUCCGAGGCUUGCAUCUGUAAAGCAACUGUAUCAUUCAAAGCAUUGGUAUGGUGGGGGGGACACAAACGAACA